GUUCUUAGAUCUUCAAUUAACACUUCGAGCUAAAAGUCUAGAAUACCUCCGUUGAUAAUGGUUGGAGGAGGUUGUAUUCAAAUUAACAUAUGAGACCAAUAUGGAGAAAGAAAAUGAGGUCAUCUGUGAUCAUCCUCUUGCAGAAUUAUGUCACAGAGAAAAUAAAAAGGUUCGACACUAACUGCGGAAAAGGUGUUUUCUUUGAACAUGCAGUCAGUUGAAACAACUACUGUUAACUGGAGAAUUACCCGAUGAAUUUGCAAAUCUUCCUAUCUGCAAGAAAUAGAUUUAAAUGUCAACUAUCUCAGUGGGUCUAUUCCUAAGGCUUGGAAAACUCUUCCAUUGGUCAAUCUGGCUAUGCUGGCAAACAAUAUCGGGGGAUUAAUUCCGAAAGAAAUUGCUGAAAUUGUUACUUUAGAACAUUUGGUGUUGCAAGAUAAUCAGUUUGAAGGACCCCUUCCUCCAGAGCUUGGCAAGCUUACCAGAUUGACGCAAUUAACUCUUUCAGGGAACAAUUUCACAGGAGUUUUACCUGCAACAUUUGCUAAUCUGAAGAACAUGGCAGAUUUUAGAUUAGCUGGGACUAGUAUCUCGGGGAAAAUACCUGAUUUCUUUGGGAAUUGGAUGCAACUUACUGAGCUGGAUAUACGGGGCACAUCAAUGGAGGGUCCCAUCCCUUCCACCAUAUUCCACCUGAAGAAUUUAACAAAACUGAGAGUGUCAGACUUGAAGGGACCAAACACGCCCUUCCCUGAUUUCCAGGAUAUGAACAGGAUGUACCAACUGGAACUAAGAAAUUGCCUGAUCAAAGGUUCAAUCCCAUCAAACAUUGGAGAAAUGAUGCCUGGACUAAUAAAACUAGACCUGAGCUUCAAUAGACUUACAGGUGACAUUCAUAGCCUAAAAGAAAUUCCAAAUCUUAAAUACCUGUAUCUCACCGACAACCUACUAUCUGGACAGAUUCCGCCAUGGAUAACUAACACUAAGCGGAACUUUGACCUAUCAUACAACAAUUUUACUGGACCAUCUAAGUCCGGUUGUCAGGAUUCAAAUUUGAACAAAAUCUCGAGCUAUCCCUCUGAUGAGGAUCUGUCAAUUGCUUGGUGCUUGAAGAAGGACCUACCCUGCGGCACAAAAUCAAAAUAUUCUUCCUUUUUCAUUAAUUGUGGUGGCUCCGAGAUGUUUAUAGGAGACGAGAAGUAUGAGGCUGAUGUAUCACCAAUGGGCCCAUCAUCAUUUUACACCUAUAAUGAUAGAUGGGCUUGUAGUACAACGGGGGAUUUUGUGGUACCCUUACCCGAAGACAAAGCUAACUAUCUUACUCAAGCAGGCCCAAACAUGACAAUGACAGACUUAUUUAUGACGGCUCGAAUUUCACCUUUCUCACUCAAGUACUAUGGCAUCUGUUUACAUCCAGGAAAUUAUAAAGUGAAGCUUCACUUUGCUGAAAUAAUUUUCCCAACUGACAAAAGUGCUGCCGGCAUUGGGACACGCAUGUUCGAUGUAUCAAUUCAACGUAAAACAUACUUGAAAGGUUUUAAUAUUGAAGAAGAAGCAAAAGGUGUUGGGAAGAGCAUCAUUAAAGAGUAUGAUGUUGAUGUUACUAGUAGCACUCUAGAGAUUCACUUAUACUGGGCUGGGAAAGGAACUAAUUUCAUUCCGUCUGACUUUGCAUACGGACCUCUUAUUUCAGCUAUAGCAGUCACACCAAACUUUGAUCCUAACCUUAUCAAUCAAAUUAAAAGCGACUUUGAACCUAACAGGAGUCACAUAUCUGUUGGAGUACUUGCCGGCACUGUAGCUGCUUCAUGUGUUCUAAUCUUAUCGAUUCUGGCAAUCCUUUGGAAGAAAGGUUGCCUUGGGAAAAAGAACAAAGAACUUAGAGAUCUAUCACAGCGAGGUGGCUUUACUUUGGGAGAAAUUGAAGCAGCAACUUGGAAUUUUGCAUAUAAGAUAGGUGAAGGUGGGUUUGGUCCAGUUUACAAGGGCCAACUCCCAGAUGGAUCACAAAUUGCUGUCAAGCAACUGUCUGCCAUGUCAAAUCAAGGCAGCCGCGAAUUCGUGAAUGAAAUUGGCAUUAUUUCUGGUUUACAGCACCCUAAUCUCGUGAAGCUUUUCGGUUGUUGUGUUGAAGAAAACCAGCUUCUGGUAAUUUACGAAUACAUGGAAAACAAUAGUCUUGCCCGUGCUCUAUAUGGUAAAACAGGGGAACGACUGAACUUGAACUGGCCAACAAGGCUUAGAAUUUGUUCGAACAUUGCCGAGGGUUUAGCUUAUCUUCAUGAAGAAUCAAGGCUGAAAAUUGUGCACAGAGACAUAAAAGCAACUGAUGUUCUCCUGGAUAAGUAUUUUACUGCAAGGAUAUCUGAUUUUGGUUUAGCUAAACUUGAUGUGGAGGAGAACACCCAUAUCAGCACACGUGUAGCAGGAACACUAGGUUACAUGGCUCCAGAAUAUGCAACCAGUGGUCACUUGACUUACAAAGCAGACAUUUACAGCUUCGGAGUUGUUGUGUUAGAGAUUGUCAGUGGAAAGAAGAACACAAAAUACAGGCCAAAUGACGAGUGCACCUGUCUUCUUGACUGGGCAAAUGUACUAAAAGAGCAAGGAUGUCUCCUGGAUCUGAUUGACCCCAUUCUGGAGUCAAACUAUUCAAAGAGCGAAGUUUUGAGAGUGCUGAAUAUAGUUGCUCUAACCCAUCUGCUGUUCUUAGACCAAAGAUGUCUACCGUUGUGGCCAUGCUUAAAGGUCGACUGCCGAUCCAAGAAUCAUGUGUGGUACGUAGUCCGAGGACAGAUGAUUCAAGGUCCAGUGCCUCUGAAGGAAUCUCUUAUGAUAGCCGAACACAUACAUCAACCUCUUCUCGAGGGAGUACUCUACUAGAGAUGAGUAAUUCAUCAGUGGAGGAUCCAAGGCAGGUUAUGCUUUCGACUUACUACAGUAUGAAAAAAGAAGAGGAAGAAGACGAAAUUAGAGAACACUCAAGUGGCUAAAGAUCUCGUUGAUAUAUUUAUUCAUUUAAACACAGGUAUAAGGGGGAAGAUUAUCCCCAUAAAACAACAAACAUAGGCUUGUACUGUGAAGAUUUUUAGGAAAUGCCCCCCAUUAUUUUUAGAAAAUUUUAGUAA